GCGUGAUUCUUUCAAUUCUAUUAUUCUGCGAAAAUUUGUCACCGUCACCGUUUUGCCAUGUUCAUUUUUCAACCCAAAAAAUUUGAUUUUUUCCUGGUAUCCCACGCAUGCUCAUGUCGAUCAGUUGUUGCAAAUGUGGCAUGCGAGGAGGCAUUACACUUGGAGCAUGGUGGCCCGGGUAGUUGAACGCAAUCCAGAAGCGCCCCGGAAUGGCUUCGCCGCCGUACAGACCGAAGACGCGGCGCGGGAGGGUGCGUUGCGAGGAGGCUGUCUUCUGGCGCGUAGGGGCCCGACCCUUGCUGGGGCGGGCUUCUGCAUGGUGCGGCUUGCGAUGUUGGGUUGCUCCUGGGAAUGUCGGGCUCUUGUUACUCCUUGGCCAAAGGCCUCCGGCAAAGGACCUCCACAACCCAGGAAAAAACAGCAAAAUUUCGAGCAAAUUUAACGACCACCCGGUGACAAAUCCCGGAAAUUUUGCAUUUUGCACGGUAUGGUGGACUUUGAGAGCCCAAAAUGGGAACCGGUGACAAAUCCCGAAAAAUUUACAUUUUGCAGGGUAUGGUGGACGAUUGCGCACGAGCCAAAAAUUCUUGCGCUGCAAGAAAUUUUGGGCAACGCGCAAUCGUCCACCAUACCGCCCAAAAUGUAAAAAUAUCCGGAUUUGUCACCGGUCGCGAAUUUGGCUCGGAAACGUCCACCAUACCGUGCAAAAUGCAAAAUUUCUGCGAUUUGUCACCGGGUCAUCGUCAAAUUUGCUCAAAAUUUCGCAGUUUUUUCUUGGGUUUUCGAGACCCUUUGCCGGAGGCCUUUGGUCCAGGAGUGAUAGUCUCAAGAGAUUCCC